AUGAACUCGCAGAUGACGACUUUACAACAGGAAAACAGUGCCCUGCAUAAGGAAAUUAGUCAUUUACGAUUGCAACUGAUACGAAAUGAUGAUUUAUGUGACGAGAAACUUCGCAAAGCCCUUGCUGAAUCACGUGAGCUUCGUAGGGAUGUGAGCGAGCUCAAGUUUGGGAAAGAGCAGGCUACUCAGUGUAAUAUGUUUCUCGAGAGACCGCAUGACGAGAUUCAGAGUCGACUUAUAACGAUUUCUUCCAUCUGCACCCAGCAUGCCAUAUCAACUGAGCAGGAUACGAAGGCUCGUAUGGAACUCGCCGCCAUGCUCAGCACGACAAAAAGCGAAGAUGGUACAACCAUCAACGUGCUCGACACAGGUGCAGAUCGUGCAGGUCCACUGCAUGAGCGCCUCGCAGGAAGGACUGAAACUUGGCGAGCCGCCAACAUUCAGAACGACAAGAAAUACUGCUCAAGGGCAGAACAAGUUGAAACGGCAUUAAGUAACUUCAGAGAAGGUGCCUCAAACAGCAAGCUACGUCUCACAACAGAUACGCUCGAGGACAUGAAAUCAUGUGCCUUGGAUUGUGCUCUUUCGUGCAAUCUUUUGGACGAGGGGGGUGCCAGAAAUCGCACAGAAGCCUCUUUGGAAGCCGCCGAAGCCGCUUCAGCUGCAGCUCUCAUCACUGCGGAUGAAGCCUUGUCAGAUGCCCAGAAAAGUUAUUUAUAUCCUCAAACAUCCAUUGCAGAACGCGACAAAGGUUGUCUCAUAGCUAAAGAUGUCGCGGAAGAGUCACAUCGAGAACGCGAGAAACUGCAAGCAGAAAUCGAGGCCACUGUAGCCGACCUCAGAGAUGUCAGCUGCGCUAAUGAAAAGGUGGACAAGCUUAAAACUCUCCUGCGCGGCUUGGAGGCGACACGAGUAGAUCUCAUAGCCAAAUUGGGCGAGGUGCAGGCGCAAACACGAGAGGCUAAGAACCAAGCGGGCAGUUCAAACGAGCUCACUCCUGCAGAACGCGCAAGAGCUGAUGAGGUGACCGCAGAAAUAACACGAGGAAGUGCUACAAUAAAGAUACUCGAUAAUGAAAAAGAUUUCAUCGAGGCUCAGCUUGACGCUCGCUCCGAGGAACUUGCAGCAGCAAAUCAGCGAAUUUCCCGACAAUCGGAGGCAGUGGAAGAUGCUCGGCAGGCUGUGGCCGAUGCGGAAGUCAAAUGUCUCGCUACUGCAGAUGAAGCUGCUCACACAUUUCAUCGUCUUUGUAUCGCCAACAGAACCAUUUUAGAGAUGAGCUACGCAGAAAAAGAAUUUCGUGCUGAUGCGCAUAUUCACGACCAAGAACUCAAGGCAGUGGGCGAAGACCUUGCAACGCUGACACGCGAACAACAAAAAAUGAACGCUGAACUCGUCAAAUUUGCAAUUGAACGUGACCUGGCAAUAUCUGCAUUAAACGAGAUGAACGUGUCAAAAGUCGAAAUGGAUACUUCGGUCAAGGCCACCAAGAAAGAAUUGGAAGAUGUGGUGGUGGCAUACCAAGAACUCGGAUCUGAAAAUCGACGUCUGAUUGCAGCUGUGUCUGCUCUCGAGCGCGACAGUCAGCGCGCAAAAAUGGCUCAAGUUAUCAGCGAGGCAGCGCUUGAUAAAGCAUUCACUCGGAUUAAAAUGCUGGAAGAACAAAAUUCUCAGUUUAUCAUUGAGAUCCAGGCUUUCGAAAGACAGGUAGAAAAUUUGUCUCGUUCGCUUACAGAUUCGAAACUAAACGGUAUAGGUGCAAAUCAAGAAAUUUCAGACUUGCACGAUCGACUCGCAGCCUCACAUGCUUUAGCAAUGGAACUUGGCCGCGCGCGCGAACAGACUCAAAGGGAGCUUGUUGCAGCGGAGUCAAGCCUUCAUGUCAUGCGGAAACGGCUGACAUACUCACAGGAUGAGUGCGACACGAUCAGUCUACGCUUGAGAAUCGCGUCAGACCGUGUCCGCGAACUCGAAACGUUACUCGCGGACACCCGGGCGAAAGAGCACAGGAGAGAUAUAUCCUCCUUGGACGCUGACCGACAUGUAUCGCAAACAACCGAGAAAGAAGAUCAUGUCGACGUCGGCGAGCAUGUCUCCGAUCAAUGCAUCGCAGGGCGUCUAAAAGAGUUGAAGCAAGAGAACUUUUCUCUUCGUAGUCAUUUGGCUGGCACCGAGGAGGCGUGCGAAAAGAUGGAAAAAGAGCUAAAGAGGAUACAAAAAGAGUACAACGACCUGGCCGGAAGCUUGUCAGGUAGUCUUGACGGCGAUGUCAUGGACGCGUACAGAAUGAGUUGA